CAAUUUGAAUUAUAUGAACGAUCACUGCCUUAAACUCCAAGUAAGAAUUCGCAUAACGAUUUUCUGCAUUCAAGUUUACUUUCAUUUCAAAACCAUCACCUCAAAUACAAACAAAAACUUAAGCAAAAAGGAGACAACCAGCAAGGCACUGGCCUCACUUUCCAGCCAGCUUUCCAGCGCAGCAGGACUUCUCGCCCACCACCUAGCGGCAGUUUAGUGCAAUGGUAUUGCCAUUUGGCUUGGCCUCUGAUGGUCAAAACGUAGCUGGCAAUCAAAACAUGAUAACCCCCACUGCACCGCCCGCUUUUCUUAUGCACGGCCACACAAAUGUAUCCACUGUUGUGCCUGUCAUACCAAGCCCCUACAUCGAUUUCAUAGUCGUAAAUGGCGAUGAUCGUUGCAUGAUACGCUGCGAGCGGAAAGCCGUGCUGGAGAAUAGUGUCGAGUUAGCGAAACUAAUACGAGCAGGUCCGAAUAGUGGCCGCAAGGGCGAUAAUCACUUCCAGAUUUCCAAUGUGGACAAGAAUGACUUUGAAUUGGUCAUACGAUUUUUAGAGACUAAGUUCGUGCGCCAUCGCGAUCAUUUGCACAUACUGAAGAUACUCGAAUUGGCCGAUCGCUUCAAUUGUCCCGAUUUGGUCAUCCAUUGCAUACGUGAAUUGGACCUACAAUUAACCAGCGCUGUUGUGAUCGAUAUCUUACGUUCGCUGUGGUUCUACCAAAGCAUUUCGGCGCCAAAUCAACACCAAUUGUGUGCAGUGAUUACCACACAGGAGAUUGGCGCUAAUAAGAAAACGAAACGUAAGAACACAAACCCGCCAGCGAGUACCAACACCACUGCGGCUGCCGCUGGUGCUGGCGCUGGUGCCGGCGACAAUGCGAAUGCGAACACAGAAUCGAGUACGCAUCCAAGUCCAUUUACAGCCGAGGAGUUUGGCAUGGCUUUGCUCAAUAAUGCGCUGCAAUUGAUUGAUAUGCACGCUCAACUGGUGCUGACCAAGCAGCAAAUCAACGAAUUACGCUUUGAAGAGCUGGAAAUGAUUGCGAAGCGUGAGGCUUUGCAACUCAGCUCAGAGCUAGUGCUUUUCAAUUGUCUAGCCGACUGGAGUGUGGCGGAAUGUCAGCGUAAGAAGCUCGACGGGACGGCAGAAAAUAGGCGUCGUGUGCUGGGGCCGCUGUGCUAUGCGCCACGUUACUUGCUGAUGAGUGCCAAUGAAUUUCGCAGAGCUUGCGAUCGCGUGGAACUAUUGGAUCCAGUGGAAAUAUCACUUGUCAGCGAUGCAAUCGAAGGUAAAAAAUUGAAGAAUCUUACGCCAGAGCAAAGUCAAUUAUUGGAAAAAUUUCGAACGCCACGACCCGAGUUCCCCAAAAUGCCAAUUCAUCUAAGUGAUCGUACCAAUCCAAAGAAUUAUCCAAAGAAAAUGCGACGUGCCGAAAAGGGAGCAUCUGGCGAGGAAGGCUGCUGGAGUAAUUUCGGCAUGAAUUGCUUGGCUGUAUUCGCGUGUAUUUUCGAUUAAGCGAAUAACGAAGUAGAAGUAAAGUAGGAAUUUAUGUAGAAGGUUAACAUUACAACAAGCGGUUUACACCCACAUAUGCACGCAUGCAUAAGUACGUAAAUACAUAUUUGAGUGCACAGGCAUUCAGCAUUUUUCCGAACAAACUUCGGCAGUCCGAGGUGCGUCAACUACACAGGGUUGUAUGUACUUACAUAUGUAUGUGUACAGUAGGUAACUGGAACUUAACGGUAAGGCGAAGCUUGAAGGCCUGACUGUGGCAACUUAACGUAACUUAAAGGCUGUCAUUUAAAAAUUCUCUUAAAUGGCUGUUGCUUAUAGUUCUACGUUACGUUAAGUUAAGUUAUGUUGCCAUAAUCAGGCUUUAACGGUUAUAAUGAUACCAAGUUUUGAGACUUGGAAUGGGUGCAAGGCAGAAAAUGACGGAGUUGUAGAAUUAGAAGAAGAAAAGGAACAGUUAUGUGAAAGCAAUGGAGACUAUUCAAAACCCAUAAAAACGAGUAAUUUAAGUUUUUAUACCGACAUACCGAUACCACGUGAAGUGAAUUUUCUAGUGAGUUACAAAAAGUACAGUACGGUAUGUGUAUAUGUACUCCACCUUUACGAGUAAUUAAAUAGAACAAAAUAUUAUUUAAAAUAUGUAUGUUAUUGUGUCAUUCAGUAGAGCUAUCACAUCGUAUUUGGAAAUGUCGCUGUACCGUCUGAAAUUGUUUACAUACCUACAUACAUGCAUACAUAUUUAUUUAUAUACAUAUAUAUAAAUAUGCAUAUUUUUUAUG